AUGUUUGGUAUUUGUUUUCGGGUGGGGAAUGUUCAAUGUGGUGUCAAUGGGUUAAGUCCUACUUACUUAAAGGGUAAGAGUUUUUGGGGUAUUAAGAUGCCCAGUGAUCCAUCCUGGGUUUGGAGGAAACUUUUAUCGCUUAGGGAUUUAAUCUUCCCUAUUAUCAAAUUCAAACUUGGUAAUGGUGAAAAUGUUUUCCUCUGGCAUGAUAACUGGCACCCCUUUGGUUCGCUCUUGCUUCGGUAUGGUUCUAGGAUUCUGUAUGAUACCAACCUUCCUGGCAAUUCUAAGGACCUAACACAGCUAUACAGAGGACAGAACAAAAGCCAACAACCUGUUCACCAUUCCUAUAAUCUAGCAAUAGGAAGAGUGAACAAGUCUCUUAAACCUUCCCUUGAUUCCCCUGAUAUUCCUGUGUGGAGUUUGAUUGCUGAUGGUUCCUUUUCUAUUCACUCUGCUUGGGAAUGCUGGAGGGACAAGGGCCCAAAGGUUACUUGGUCUAAUCUCGUUUGGGGUCCUCCUGUUAUCCCCAGGGUUAGCUUCAUUGUGUGGCUGGCUAUCCAUGAGAGACUUAACACUGGGGAUAGACUCCAAAUCUUUGGUCUUCUUAUGAGCCCUAGCUGCCCUUUAUGUUGUGCCCUUGAGGAAAACCAUUCCCAUCUGUUCUUUAGGUGUCACUACUCCUCUAGGAUUUGGGCUGUUAUCCAAGCUAAGUGUAAUUCCCACUGGCCUUCUUUGCCUUGGUUGGAACUUGUUGAGUUUGCUACUACAUCAAUCAAUGGUAAAUCUCUGAAAUGUAUGAUUAUGAAACUCUCUUUUCACUGCACUAUCUACCACAUCUGGAUGGAGAGAAAUAGUAGAAUCUUUAGUAAGGUUUUCAAACCUGAAGAGGUUGUCACUAACUCUAUCAUCCAAAUGGUUAGGGGUAGACUCCUUUCUAUGGAAAAUGUGAAAGCUUAUGCAGGUGACAACUGGUAUUUGGAACAAUGGAACCUACCUUCUAAAAUCCUAUUGCAGUCCCAAACUGCUGCAGCUGAAAGGAAUUUGAGUGGUGUGAAUUAUCCUACAUUGAGGGUUGAGUGA